GCAUGGCGGAGGAGGAGAGUCUCACUUCUGAGAUCACUGAAAGCUUGAAGCAAGGUCAAGAAGUAUCAGAGAAGGAAGAAGCUACUAAGGAUGUGGCUGAAGAAGGAGAUGACAUGCUCAAUUCAGAGCCCACAGGAACCGAUACUCAAUAUGAUCCAGGGGAUACAAAAACAGAUAUGGAGGAAGCUACAGCUGAAAUGCCCAAAGAUGGAGAUCUGAUGCCAUUUACUGAAUCUUCAGUGUCACCACAAUUAGCUGAAGAUGGUCUUGAGGCAGCACAGGUCAAUAUGAUGGUGCAAGAUGAAGUUGCCUUAGGAGUUAUUGAAACUUCUUCAAAGAAAGAAACAUCUACAGAUCAGCUGAUUGAUACUCAACUACUGAAUAUUAGCGGGCCGCAGUCUUUAAUACUAAGCAGCACAACUGAACUUUUUUAUCAAGACCUACCAAAUUUGGACCUUGAAUUAGAAUGUCCUAAAAGUCCCCCUGUGAUGGAUGAAUUAAAUGUUGAAGAAGAAUCAGAUACGGAUGAAGAACAGACAGAACUGAUUGUGCUUGAUCCGGAUCACCCUCUAAUGAAGCGCUUUCAGGAAGCUCUGAAGAGCCAUCUUUCAAAGCAGUUGGAUAAGUUAACUCUGGAGCUGAGGGAAUUGUCAUGGCGAAUGAAAAAGGUAACAACUGAACGUGAAGACACAGGUGUGAUCCUUUAUGGAAUACAACAAUCUCUUGCACAAUUGCAAAUGGAGCUGGAAAAAUACCAUAGCCAUUGCUCAGAAGCUUCAGCAAAGAGAAGAAAGGCAGAGGAAGAUUUGACAUGUGUGAGGAAUCUUUACCAAAUGACACAAGCUAAAGCAAAUAGUGAGCGCUCAAAAGUAUCCCAACUGCAAACGGAUGUUGAAGAUAUUGCACUGCGGCAUUUCUAUGUGACCAACUUACAACAGGAUAUGUGUUCUGACGUCAUGGUGAUGAAGCGUGCUACAGAAAAGUUGGAGGCUGAAAAACUACAGGCAACAAAGCUGAAACAGAAGCAGGACAUGUUUGUAGACCGUUUGGUAUCUCAACUGGAUACAUUGCGAGAACAAAUUGCAAUGUAUGAAGCCCAGUAUAAAGCACAAGCGGAAGAAACAAAAGCAGCAAGGAAUACAGUAGCAGAGGCCAGCAUGGAAAUUGUGGCAAUCAACCUCGAGAAGAAGCAAUUAUUAGAGCAAUGGAGGAGUAGUCUAAUUGGAAUGCAGAAACGUGAUGAGGUCCAUGCUGCAAUGCAAGAAGCUGUCAGACAGGCAAAGCAACAGGUAGAAACCUUGAAGACAGAAAUACAGGCCUACAAAAAAUUUAUCAUGAAGGAAGAAGAGCGGAAUGAAUCUCUCACCAUGAGUCUAAACAGAUUGAUGAAUGACAUUAACAUGACCCAGAAACAGAUUACACAGAAUCUGGCAAAACAGGAAGGAUUAAAGCAAGAAUAUAGCACCUACACUCGGACACUGCAGGAGACAGAACGCUUGCUCAACAAAGCUGCAAUAGACAAGAGCAUGCGCCAAAAUGAAGUCAAAGCAUUGCUACUACAAACAGAAAAGGAAUAUGCAACAAAGGUAGAACUGGAAGACAAGAUCAUGGCAAAAUUACAGAGUAAAUUAACCAUGAAUCAGGCACACAAUUACCUGAAGACCCUGGCUAACAAACUUCAAAUCCGAAAACGGCAGUUGGAAAUUGAAUAUGCAAACACUGAAAACAAUUAUGCUCAAAUAAUUUUGGGUAUAAAUGAUAAAAAAGUGGAACUGAGAAUACUGCAGAAAACUCUAAAGGAUCAGUUAAAUGAAUUGAAUGAUAAAAACAAAGUUGUUUCUUUGAGUGAAAAGGAGAUUGCAAAAAGGAGACUCGUCAUUCAAAACAAACAGUCAGUUUUAAACAUGCAAAACAAGAAAAUUGCACAGCUGAUAACAGAAAUGGGAGGGCAUGAACUGAGCCCUCAGGAACUUAAAAUAAGAACCCUGACGAAAAAUAUUGAGGAACAGAACAAAGAAAUAUCAUCACUGCAACAAUUUUGGCUCCGACAGCAGCAUGAACUAGUCAUGCUGACCCAAGAAAGGGAGCAGCAAACAGCCAGUGUGGAACUGCAGAAGAAACAAGUCACAAUACUUGAACAGAAGAAGAUCCGCACUGAAAAUAUGAUACAACAGGGACUAAAUGUAAAGAAGGACAUUGAACGUCACAUGAAGGUCCUGUCUAAUGACAUGCUGAAGCUUAACACACUUUUAAUAAAGAACAACUCUGCCAAGGAUUCACUCGUGCACAAUAAUGUACUCAUGGAAAAUGAAUUUAUAAAAUCACUCAAGGAUGCAGAGCGACAAUCUAUUGCAAAACAGCAGUAUCUGGACCAACUGAAAGAAGAGAAAGAGAGGAAUCUUAACAGUCUUGUGGAAGCAGAACGUCAGAUUAUGCUGUGGGAGAAGAAAAUACAACUGGCAAAAGAAGCAAAAUCAGCUGUUCACUCAGAGGUUGGACAGGGUGAGAUACGAGCCAUGAAAACAGAAAUACAUAGAAUGGAGAUACGUUACAGUCAGCUUAUGAAACAGCAAGAGCAAAUGAUUCGUGACAUGGAGGCUGCUGUUUCACGCAGGGAUACCAUUUUGACACGUGGUGAAGCACAGGCAAAAUUGGACAAGAAGUACACAACCAGGAAUGAUUAUCGUAACAAAAUACAGGAUCUAUGCAAGAACAUUGCAGAUGUGCAAAAGCAUAUAGAAGAACUUGAUAAAGCUAUUGAAGAGUUGAAGAAAUCACAGAGAACUGUAUAUGAGAAGUUGGGAGAAAAACAGUGUCAGAUUCAAGAAGUGAGAUCUAGAGUAGAUCAACUUGAUGCAAGUAUAGAAUCUCUACAGGAAAAGAAAGGAAUGAAUCUCAACAAGAUAGUGACUUUCCAGACCCGUCUCAAGCACCUUCAGGCAGUAAAAGAGGGGAAGUAUAUAAAACAGUGCAGAUCUGAAGAAGCACUGACAACUGAACUACAGAAACAAGAGUGUCGAAUCCAUACCAUCAAUACCAUCAUUGACCGUGUCAAGGAGGAGUGGCCUCAGUACCAGGGAGUGCUUCAUAAAGUGACUCUUGCACUGGCUACACGAGGAACAGCACAGGAAGGCCAUUCAUAAAAAAGAUACUUAAUCUUGCCAAACUAGAUGGUGUAAAGAACUAAUGUUCUAAGGAAACAGAAUAAAAAAAGGGUAGUUGUGAGUGUAACUUUAAUUGAAUAUAACAUAUCAUUAGUUAGAUCAGAAGGGUGUUUGUUCAUAUACUGAUUCCAAAAAAAAUAUUUGAAAUAGUUUUCUUGCAGAUGUAUAAAUCUGUGCUAAAUUCAUAUGAUUAAAUAGAAUUUAAUGUUGAUUAAAUCAUUUCACAUGAUUCAUUUAAUAUAAUUUAAUCAUUCAUAUUAAGAAGCAACUAACAUGUGAGAGCAAAAUGAUGAAGUAGUAGAAGCACAGGAGAGAAUGUAAUCUAGGAUUUAAUCAGUUGUAAAAGGCUUACAAGAUGCAAACAGACAAAAGGAGGCUAAGUGGGGAGAUCGCAUAACAUGUAAUUCAAAAAUUGUCAGAAGGAUAAUUGAGGGAAAUCCGUAAAUCCUGCUGAAGUGUGGAACUGUGACAGGGUUGAUACUUGGUUCUUUUAAGGGUUCAAAGAAUUGCCUUCAUUUAUUGAAAUUUGUACUAUUAAAUAAAAUUCAAAGUUCAAAGUAAAUUUAUUACCAAAGUACAUAAUGUCACCAUAUACAACCCAAAGGUUCAUUUUCUUGCAGGCAAUGACAGUAACUACAAGAAACAAAAUAAAAUCAAUUAACGACUGCACCCAACAGGAUGGACAACAGCCAAUAUAAAAAAAACAACAAACUGCAAAUGCAAAAAAAAGAGAAAAAAGAUAUUAUAGUAAUAAAAAAUAAGCAAUAAAUAACAAGAACAUGAGAUGAAGAGUCCUUGAGAGUGAGUCCACAGGUUAUGGGAACAGAUCAGUGAUGGGGCAACUGAAGUUAUCCCCUCUAGUUCAAGAGCCUGAUGGUUGAAGUGUAAUAAUUGUUCCAAAAAGGAGGUGGUGUAGAUCCUGAAGUUCCUGUACCACCUUCCUGAUGGCAGCAGCCUGGUCUGUAUGGUGGGUGUCCAAGAUGGAUGCUGCUCUCCUGCGAAAGCACUACGUGUAGAUGAACUCAAUGGUGGGGAGGGCUUUACUUAUGAUGGACUGAGUCAUAUCAACUGCUUUUCAUAGACUUUUUAUGUACAACGGCACUGGUAUUUCCAUACUAGGCUGUGAUGCAACCAGUCAAUAUACUCUCCAUUUCACAUCUAUAGAAGUUUGGCAAAGUUUUAGAUGUCAUGCCGAAUCUUUGAAAACUUCUAAGAACUUAGAGGUGCUGCCACGCUUUCUUCAUAAUGACACUUAGUGCAGGACCCAGGACAGAUUCUCUGAAAUGAUAACUUCGAAAUUUAAAAUUAAUGACCCUCUCCACCUAUGAUUCCCCUGGCUCAUGGACCUCCGGUUUCCUCCUGCAGAAUCCAAUAACCACCCUUUGGUUUUACUGACAUUGAGUAAGGUGGUUGUUGUGGCACCACUCAAUCAGAUUUUCAAUCUCUCUCCUGUAUGCUGAUUCAUCACUAUCUUUGAUUUGGCCCGCAACAUGGUGUCAUCAGCAAACUUAAUUAUGGCAUAGGAGCUGUGCUUAGCCUCACAGUCAUAAGUAUAAGGCAAGUAGAGGAGGGGCAAAGCACACAGCCUUGUGGUGCACCUGUGCUGAGGGAGAUUAUGGAGGAGAUGCUUUUGCUAUUCUAAACUCUCAGGGGUCUACAAGGCCAGUGGAAAGCAGCCAGUGAAGGAGUGGAGCUUUCAGGCUUUGACUCAAGAGAUUUUGGCAGUUGGACUGCAAUUAAGUCUGUCAAGAUUUGAAUAGCUCAGCAAAAAGCAGUUGAUUAGACAAUCAAGAUUUGAAUAGCUCAGACUCAGCAGAAAGCAGUUGAUUGGGCAAUUGAGAUCAGGUGACCAAGCAGUUUAAAAAGCUCAAACAACUAAGCAGAGGGGUUGCUCAAGUGGAGCGGCCAGUGAAGGAGUGGGGGAUUUGAGGCUUUGAUUCGAGAGGCUUCGAUGAGAAGAGGCGGAGGACGAGCUUGCUCCCAGUUAGGCUUUACAAUGCCUCCUGAGACCGUGAUGUGCCUCUCAUGAGAUGUGGCAGUCUUGGGGGAACUCCUCUCUCCUGCAGAGUCAUAUCUGCUAGAUUUGCAUGCGGCUGGGCGAUAUGGAAGACCUUGUAAAGAAUCUGGAGCAGCAGCUGGAUGAGCUUCGACUCAUAAGGGAGAAUGAGACAGUCGUAGAUGAGAGCUACAGGGGGGUAGUCAUACCUAGGCUGCAGGAAGCAGGUCGUUGGGUGACAAUUAGAGGGGGGAGAGUGAAGGUGAGUAGACAGUAGUGCAGAACCCCUGUAGCCAUUCCCCUGAAUUAUAGGUAUACUAUCCUGGAUACUGUUGGCAGGGACGACCGACCAGGUGUGAGCCACAGUGGCAGGGCCUCCGGCACUGAGUCUAACCCUGUGGUGCAGAAGGGUGGGACGGAGGAGAGGAGAGCUCUCAUCAUUGGGGACUCUAUAGUCAGGGGAGCAGACAAGAGAUUUUUUGGACAUGAGAAGGACACCUGCAUGGUUUGUUGCCUCCCGGGUGCCAGGGUCCAGGAUGUUUCUGACCGGGUGUAUAACAUCAUUGUAUGAGAGGGAAAGCAACCAGAAGUCGUGAGACAUGUUGGUACCAACAACAUAGGCAGGAGGAGGGAUGAGGUCCUGAAGUGUGAGUUUUGGGAACUAGGCAGAAGGCUGAAGAACAGGACCUUGAGGGUGGUGUUCUCAGGAUUGCCAGUGUUAUGUGAUAGUGAUGGUAAAAAUUGGAGGAGAUGGCAGUUGAAUGCAUGGGUGAGGAGUUGGUGCAGGAGGCAGGAUUUUAGAUUUUUGGAUCAUUGGGAUCACUUCUGGGGAAGGUGGGACCUGUACAGAUUGGAUGGGUUGCACCUGAACUCAAGGGGCAGCAAUAUCCUUGCAGGUAGGUUUGCUAGCAUGGUUUGGAAGGGUUUAAACUAACUUGCAAGGGGGAUGGGACCUGGAGCAAUAGAGCAGUGGAAGAACUGUGUGGAGUAAAGCCAGAUCUAAUAUAGAGAGGCUUUGAGGAAAGAAAAGCAGAAUAAAAGGUGUAAAGGUAGCAAGGUAGAAGAGCUAAAUUGUGUGCACUUCAAUGCAAGAAGCAUCAGGAACAAAGGUGAUGAACUGCGAGCUUGGAUAUAUACAUGGAAUUAUGAUGUAGUGGCCAUUACAGAGACUUGGCUGGCACCAGGGCAGGAAUGGAUUCUCAAUAUUCCUGGAUUUCAGAUCUUUAAAAGGGAUAGAGAGGGGGGAGAAAGGAGAGGAGAGUGGCAUUACUGGUCAGGGAUACUAUUACAGCUACAGAAAUGGUGGGUAAUGUAGCAGGAUCCUAUUUUGAGUCAGUAUGGGUGGAAGUCAGGAACAGGAAGGGAGCAGUUACUCUAUUGGGGGUAUUAUAUAGGCCCCCUGGUAGCAGCAGAGAUACCGAGGAGCAGAUUGGAAGGCAGAUUUUGGAAAGGUGCAAAAAUAACAGGGGUGUUAUCAUGGGUGACUUUAACUUCCCUAAUAUUGAUUGGCACCUGAUUAGUUCCAAGGGUUUAAACGGGGCAGAGUUUGUUAAGUGUGUCCAGGAUGGAUUCCUGUCACAGUAUGUUGACAGGCCAACUAGGGGGAAUGCCAUACUAGAUCUAGUAUUAGGUAAUGAAGCAGGUCAGGUCACAGAUCUCUCAGUGAGUGAGCAUCUGGGGGACAGUGACUACUUCUCCCUGGCCAUUAGCAUUAUCAUGGAAAAGGGUAGAAUCAGAGAGGACAGAAAUUUUUUUAAUUGGAGAAGGGCAAAUUAUGAGGCUGGAAGUGGGUUUGAAUUGGGAUGAUGUUUUUGCAGGGAAAGGUACUAUGGACAUGUGGUCGAUUUUUAUGGAUCUCUUGCAGGAUGUUAGGGAUAAAUUUAUCCUGGUGAGGAAGAUUAAGAAUGGUAGGGUGAAGGAACCAAGGGUGACAAGUGAGGUGGAAAAUCUAGUCAGGUGGAAGAAGGCAGCAUACACGAAGUUUAGGAAGCAAGGAUCAGAUGAGUCUAUUGAGGAAUAUAGGGUAGCAAGAAAAGAGCUUAAGAAGGGGAUGAGAAGAGCAAGAAGGUGACAUGAGAAUGCCUUGGAGAUUAGGGUAAAGGAAAACCCCAAGGCAUUCUUCAAUUAUGUGAAGAAUAAAAGGAUGACAGGAGUUGAAGGUAGGACUGAUUAGAGAUGAAGGUGGGAAGAUGUGCCUGGAGGCUGUGGAAGUGAGCGAGGUCCUCAAUGAAUAUUUCUCUUCUGUGUUUACCAAUGAGAAGGAACUUGAUGAUGGUGAGGACUAUAUGAGUGAGGUUGAUGUUCUGGAGUAUGCUGAUAGUAAAGGAGAGGAGGUGUUGGAGUUGUUAAAAUACAUUAGGAUGGAUAAGUCCCCAGGCUGCUCCACGAGGCGAGGUAAGAGAUUGCUGAGUCUUUGGCUAGGAUCUUUAUGUCCUCGUUGUCUAUGGGAAUGGUACUGGAGGAUUAGAGAGAGGCGAAUGUUGUUCCCUUGUUCAAAAAAGGUAGUAGGGAUAGACCAGUGAGCCUUAUGUAUUGGUCAAGGCGAGCAUAAAAGGCAUUGAGCUCAUCUUUUAGCAAAGCCUUGUUGUCAUCUGAAUUGCCUGGUUUCAAUUUGUACGAGAUAAUACCUGCCACAGUUGUUAAGCGCCCUUCAGUGAUUCAAGUUUGGUCUGGAAUUGCCACUUUGCUCAUCAAGUUGCUUUCCGAAGAUUGUACCUGGAUCUCUGGAAUUCAACUUGGUUGCCAGACCUGAAUGCCACCUAAUCUGGCCCUCAGCAGACUGCGGAUCUCUGAGUUCAUCUUGGGCUUCUGGUUAGGGAAGACUGAAAGAUAUUUUGGGUACACACUUGUGACAACUGUGAUAUAUUUGCUCAGCUCCUCUGAGUCUAAAUUAACUUUUAAUUUAAUUACUUACAAAGGGCAAAUGGAAUGAAAUACUUAUCUUAAAAAUAAUUUAUCUUUAAUUUUCUUGUCAAUAGGUUCCUUUGAAACAAAAUGACAUUUGCAGGUAAGCAGGAUUACUUAACAACAAAUCAGUUCUUUACCUCGACCCGGAGAAGAAAUCCUGUGACCAACUGUUUUUUUACUAGAAAGAACAGCAUUCUUUGUGUCGAAGAGUAAGCAAAUUAAAUAUUAAGGAUAUAUUAAUGAUUACACAGAAAAUUUAGAUUACAACCUUUUUUCUCUAAUCUGCAAGAAUCAGUGAGUACAAUAGGUUUUCAAAAGGAAAACGGAUUUAACUUGAUAGUUCAAGAUAAAAUGUUAUCUUUUGCACUCUGUCCAGUUAUAGCCACGUAAGUGAUUGUUUUAGUAUAAUUAUUCUUUACAGGAAAAGUUAAGAAAAUAUCAUAUUUAUUUAUCUGCUUAAUUCCUUGCAAGUUGUGCAUAACUGGAAAGGCAGAAUUUGUUUUUGAUGUGACUUCAGCAACCAAAUAUUUCUUAGUUUGCAUUUCAUGUGUGCAGGGUAUAACUGCUUUUGUCAGUUUUGAUUUUUCCUGUGAAUUCUGUCUUUUAUUACUAAUAUUUUUAAUAGAUGUCAUGUGGUUCUGAAUCUGAAUAUGAAACUUCUGGAUGAUCUGAAUUGUUCUGAAUAAAAUGUUUCAGGC